CUUGGCUCCCCACCAGAAAUCAUUCAACUUUUUGUUACCUUAAAAAGCUUCUCUAACCAUGACUCUAAAUCUUGAGGCAUUACCAAACCCAUCCAACCUUUCUGCCACAAUAAAAAAGAGUGUUAUCACUGAACCCCAUACCUUUCAUACUUCACCUAGCUUCCACAAAAAAUGCCCAGAAAAAGAUUACCCAUGCUCCAAAAGGUCUCAAACCUUCUCAAAAUUUCCAUUUUUAUUGCCAAAAUGAGAAAACCCAUUAUUCCAAAACUCAUUUCUCUUAAGAAAGCAAGAAGGCUUAAGAGGUUCAAGCAUUACAACUAUGGGUUCCUUCAAGAUUACCAGUUCUCUGCUUCAAGCACUCCCCUCAUUCAUUACCACCGCAGAAACCAUUUCAAGAGCAGUAGGCUUCGAGAUAUCUAUUCGAUGUUCUUUCUGUGUAGAUGUUUGGGUAGCUUCAGAGAUGCAGAUUGCACAUUAGAAGCUCUGCCUGCUUUCCCUGCAUUACAGGAUACCAUUGCAGCAAGGCAGUUUUUGGAGCCAUCAGAUCCGGGUGAUGAAGAAGAUUCAGUUGAUCAGAGGGCUGAGAGGUUUAUUCAGAGGUUCUAUGAAGAGAUCAGAAUGCAAAGGCAGGAAUCAAUUUAGCAAGUCAAUGAAGUGGAUAUGGAUUUGCUCAAAAAAACAAAAACAAAAACAAAAACCAAAGAAAGGAAAAAGACAGUUUUGGACAUGGAAUGCUGUUCUAGCUAGAGUUUCUUGUUAAUUCAUUACUUUUGCCUUUAAUUUUCUUUCCCUUUUUUGCUUGUUUGUCAAUUCUCCACUGGAUUUUUUGAUUGUGGAGAUGGGUUUUGAUUUCACUAUUUGUUUUGGGAUUUAGCUACGUGGAGCUUGAACUUUUUGAAUUUUUUAUUCAAUGGCAGUGCAAUUGUUUUGGAAA